AUGAACCCUCUUCGCGUAGGAACUCUGGUUUUCCCGUAUCAAGCCAUUGAUACAGUCGGCCCUCUUGAUGUCCUCAGCUCCGGCAGCAAACAAGUCUCGGAAUUCCUCAGGGUUUACGGCCCUGUGGACGAAGUGGCCGCGAAGAAAGCUCCAGAGGUCGAAUUCCACCAUAUUGGUCUCUCUAAAGAACCCGUACCUUUGACUGCCGGGUUUCUCGUCGUCCCAACAGCUACCAUCGAGGAUGCGCCUGAGCUGGAUAUCCUGCUCAUUGGAGGCCCGGUCCCUGAAACCUUUGAGUUAGAUCCCAAGUAUGCACAGUAUAUCCGGGAGCACGUGGCUGCCGGAAAGCUCCUCUUCACCAACUGCACGGGAGCUUUCGUGGCGGCUUCAGCUGGGGUAUUGGACGGCAAGCGGGCAACAAUCAACAAUGUCGAGUUCGAGUGGGUCAGGAAGCGCUUCCCGGCAGUCAAUUGGACCAAGGAGACCAAGUGGGUGGUGGAUGGCAAUAUCUGGACGGCUGCAGGCGCUGUCGCGGGCAUGGACAUGGUGGCACAUUGGCUCAAGGAGCAAUACGGCCCGGAUGUCCAUCGAUUGUCUACUAUGGGACUUGACUUUGAGCCCCGAGAUACCUAUGGCGUGCUCAAUGUCCUUCCUAAGCGAUAUGAUCCUGCUGGAAGACAGCUGUUCACCCACGAGUUCUUCUAUUUCGAUUCAUACUAG